AUGUCUGAGUCGGACACUAGUUCCAUAACAUCCACUGAUGUUAGCGAUUCAGCUGAAAAUAGUUCAAGCGAUGGAGAAGUAGAUAUUGGUUCGAUAGAACCUUACCAAGAUGAACCUUUAGCGUCUGAAAAUGAUAGCAGCGCCAGCGAAUCUGAAAAUCUUUUAGAGAAUGACGAUCCCGACAACAUCCCAAGAAUUGUUUUAGAAUGUCGUUUUGAAAGGACAAUAUCUGUGCAAGAUUGGUGUACAUGCAACAAUUGUAGUGAUCAACACUUAGUAGGCUCAUUGGAAUUCCGAUGCUGCAAGGAAGUUGGUGAAGCCAUUGGAAAAUAUACUUUUGAAGGCCGGGAACCUGAAUGUAUAACAACACAUGCGGAAUACAAUGUUCUGACUGUAAGAAUUGUGUUGGAACAGGUCGGUCCACUUCUGAAAAGGAGAGAUGGGCGAUAUAUGCGACGGGAACAAAACACACCAAUGAAUGAGUACCUUCGUGCAGUUGGGUAUCGUUUUAUAAUCCGUUGGUUGUGUGGAACAAUGGGAUGGGAUAACACCCGGCCACUGCCAGCAUGCAUUUAUCACAACCUUAGAGAAAGGUUUGCUGUACAAGGGGCACAGACAGGUUAUUUACCUUCAGCAGCAAGGGAAUAA